CCAUAGACGUUAGGAAGGGUAAUCUUGCAUCGUGCUUGCUCUAUCGUUUUGGUAGACGGUGGGAAUCGAUUGACGCGCCGCAUUCAAGAUCUAGUCCUUGUAACAGACUGUGUGUUCUUCAAACAUCAGUUGUUAUCCUGUUUUAUUAUCGAAUAAGUUAUUAGAAUUAGAGCAAUAUGUCUGCCCCCGACAAAGACGAAUUAGUUCAAAGGGCAAAAUUGGCCGAACAAGCGGAAAGGUACGAUGACAUGGCAUCGGCGAUGAAAUCCGUUACAGAAACUGGUGUAGAACUCAGUAAUGAAGAAAGGAACCUCCUAUCAGUGGCGUAUAAAAAUGUUGUCGGUGCAAGAAGAUCGUCAUGGAGGGUAAUUUCAUCCAUUGAACAAAAGACUGAGGGCUCAGAACGUAAACAACAGAUGGCCAAAGAAUACCGUGAAAAAGUAGAAAAAGAACUCCGGGAAAUCUGCGACGAUGUGUUGGGUCUCUUGGACAAAUACCUUAUUCCAAAAGCUAGCAAUGCCGAAUCAAAAGUUUUCUACCUCAAGAUGAAGGGAGAUUAUUAUAGGUAUUUAGCAGAGGUAGCGACAGGAGAUACCAGAAAUAAAGUGGUAGAAGACUCGCAGAAAGCAUACCAGGAGGCAUUUGAUAUUGCAAAAUCGAAAAUGCAGUCGACACAUCCAAUAAGACUAGGACUUGCGCUCAAUUUCUCUGUAUUCUAUUACGAAAUAAUUACCUCACCUGCCCGUGCGUGUCACCUAGCUAAACAGGCAUUCGAUGAUGCGAUAGCCGAAUUGGACACACUAAAUGAAGAUUCAUACAAAGACAGCACCCUCAUUAUGCAGCUGCUCAGAGAUAAUUUAACCCUAUGGACGAGUGAUACACAGGGAGAAGCAGAUGAAUCCCAGGAAGCGGGUGACAAUUGAAAAAAGUGUGGCGUCCGUUUUUAAAUUUAUUCGUUGAAAAUGAAAUUUCAUGUAAGUUAACGUAUUUGUGGAACUUGGUUGUGAAGUUUCAUUGACAGUUUAAACAAGUUUCACUCAUGUGAAACUUUUGAUAUUUAACAAUGUUUUUAGAAAUAUAAUGUACAUUCAUUACAGAUUAUAUGUCACAUUUUCACACAACCAGCAAGAAAAAGAAUUCCAUAAUUUUUGUUUUGUCAAGGUCGAUCGAUAUAUGCUGAGACUUGUGUGAUUAGGUGUUCUGGUUCAAUCAUAUUCUUUUCAAUUUCACUGUUGUAAUAAUUUAUUUGAAAUUUCAGUAAUUUAGUUCUAACUUGUUAACUAUUAAAAUUUAUUUAAUAA